AUUGUUUCAUCCGCGGGCCAUUCAGCGCUCAUUUUGCCCUCGCCGCCACCGCUGCGAUUUGGGCAUUUGCGGACUGAACUGUGGACCGCUGAUGAUGGCUCCAUUUUGCAGGAGCCACCCUAGGGGUCUGAUGAGUCGAUGACAGGAGAAUGUUGUACCUGGCUGGCCGGACUGGCGGAUUCCUUUCCCCGUCCCCCCCCCUGUUAGCUUGUUUGUUGGCUGCUGCUGCGAAGGACUCUGUAGCUUGGGAGGCUAUCAGUCAAUCCAGACUCCAGAGUUGUCCGUUCUUCCUGGUGGACCUGGUCAUUUUCCCUCUUUACCAAGCGCCGACCCCCCGCCUCUGGGCGCCGAAAAAAAAAGAGGAGACCAGAGAAGAACGGUGCUGCUUCUUUUUCGUUUUUCCCUUUUUUCCCUUUCCUUUCCUUCCUGUUUUUUUCUUGUCCGAUCGUCUUUCCCUUUCAACCUUUGCCCCCCCGUACGACCGUUGCGGGUGCUUCGAUUUAUUUUUAUCUGCUAUCCCUUUGCUUCUUGGCAGAUCCCCAGUGGGAUUUCUCCUGUUUGCCUUCGUUCCUUGAUAGCCGCCCACCCAAGAAGUGACUGGUUCACCGACUCACAUUCCUUUUCGUUGCCCGUGAAC